AUGGCCCAGAUACGUGUCGGCUUCAUCGGCCUUUCCGCGUCCGGGUGGGCGGCCACCGCACUCUUCCCUUCGCUCCAAGCGCCUUCCGUCCGCCCCUCCUUCGUCGUCACCGCCCUCUGCACCUCCUCCGCCGCAUCCGCCGCCGCCCUCUACGCCGCGCAAAUAGGGAGCCCCAUCACGCCGUACCACGGGCCCCACGGCGCCGCCCAGCUCGCGCACGACCCCCGCGUCGACCUCGUGGUCGUGGCGGUGAAGGCGCCCGCGCACAGCGACGCAGGCAAAGACGUGUUCGUGGAGUGGCCGGCCGGGGCGGCGCGCGAGGAGACUGUGAAGAUGGAGGAGCGCGCGAGGGCGCAGGGCGUGAGAGUGAUGGUGGGCCUGCAGGGCAGGUAUUCGGCGACUGCGAAAGUGAUCAAAGAUACGAUCGCGAGUGGGAAGCUCGGGAAAGUGCUGUCCAGCACCGUCAUGGGUUCCAUGUCGCGAGACAACCUGUAUUGGGGCCCCCAGAUCAGCGAGGGGAGUGCCUACAUCUAUCAGCCCCGCUCGGGGGCCUCCUUUUCCGAGAUCAUCCUGGGCCACCAGCUCGACACCUUCACGCACGUCCUCGGCGACUUCGCCUCCGUCUCCGCGACGUCCACGAUCGCAUACCCCUCCGCCACCGUCGUGGACUCCACGUCCACGUCCACGCCGCCGGCGACCGUGCGCGUUACCGCCCCCGACCACAUCGCGCUGACCGGCCUCCUCGCGUCGGGGGCGCUGGUGAGCAUGGUUUACCGCGCGGGGUACGCGCCCACGCCGGGGCGCACGACGUUCCUGUGGGAGAUCGACUGCGAGCGGGGCUCGAUCCGCGUGGAGGCGCCCCCGCCGACGGGCCCGCGCAGCCAUCUGAUGAAUAUCUGCGACAUGCCGGUGUAUGUGUGCGGAGAGAGGGUCGAGUUCGACGGUGCGGGGCUCGUGGGGAAUUUGGCGGCGGGGUGGGUGGGGUAUGCGGAGGAGAAGAGGGGCGAGGGGCAGGGCGGGUAUGUGACGAUUGGGGAGGCGGUGAAGAAUAGGCGGCUGUUGGAUGCGAUUGAAGAAAGUGCGCGAGAGGGGAAGACUGUGCACUUGUAG